AUGUCGUCCAUACACUUUGGCAAUCCAUACAGCCUUGAGAGUCUAGUCGGCCAUGCCUCGGAGUUACCCAAUCUGGCCUGCAGUCGCACUGCUAUACACACCCUACUCUAUCACUUCUUAGCCAACUGUGGGCAUAAAGUAUACCAGGCUUGCAUUGUGAAUAUACGAACUAUGGAUUUCUCCAAUCUGCCACCCGAGCAGAUGUCCCUCAUGAGGCAGUUCGCUGCCAUGAUGUUUCCGAAUGGAGCUCAAGCUCCGAGUCCUCUGUUGGGACCACCUCAGAUGCCUCCCACUUUGAACCUGCAGCCUCCAUCGCUACCUCAGGCUGUUGCCCCAGCUGCGGGAAUUCAAGGCCAGGCGAGCACUUCCCCGAGUAUUGGUCCACUGCCUGGCGUCGCACCGAAUCUCUCCGCGUGGGGUGCUGGCCCAACUGGGCUCGCACCACCGCCAUCUCAGCUGCAGCCCGGUUACCUACAGCCUCCUAGCCUCGCGCCGUAUACAAGCAGUCGGCUGCCACCGGCUGGUGUUGCCACCGACCAUCCUGCACCGCAGGCCAGCCCACCGACUCAAUCUGGGUUUCAGCCAAUUCUAGGGCUGAACCACCUCGAGCCUGGUGCUGCACCGCGCGUGAAUCAUGCUUGCUUGUCGUCCUCCCAGUCUACACAAGCCUCCCGGCCUGCAGCGCGCGCUGCUGCGGGAUCAUUGAGUACCCGUCGGCCGCGGACCCGAGGUGUUGCUCAGCCAGCCCCAGUACUCCCGCGCCCAGCAGAUGCUCAUAUUAUCCCUGCUGCUGGCAACGGAGGCGAGGACCUUGUGAAGAUCAAAUGCCAGGUUUAUCCUGCACCAACUAGUGAUCGGACCGAGCUUCUGGUCUACGACUGCAAAGCAGAUACAUGGGCAACUAAUCUUCAUGAGCGGGGUCUCUGUGUAGACUUUGAACUUCCAGCGUCGACUUCUGUGGUAGUUCUCGCGAAGCUGAUGCUCGAUGCCAUGCGCGACCACCCGACUCAGCUACAGCUCCGCUGGGCAAUACACCUUCUGCACGAGCAUGAGCAGGUACCAUUCCAGUUGUUGGGUUUGCGGAACAAGGGCCAGCCCCGCAAACUCAAGAACAGCGCACUCGGGAAACAUAUUGGACUUGUCCCGCACUCGCUGACUGCGACCCAGACGAUCCAGACAUUAUUGGAUGCGAAGAAGCUCUUCGGCCAUCGCAAAUACUGCAUGAGUAGCAGUAACCAGUUCAUCGUUCGCUUUGUGGCGACGGAGACCUUUACUGCUGUUCUUUCGCACUCCAAUGGGCUCAUACCCCGGACCCACACAUGCAUCGCAAGCAAACUAUAUCACGAGUUUGCUUCUGAUAGCCCGACUGCGCGCCAGGCUGAAGGCUCCCCACUUCCUUUGUGCGAGGGAUGCGACUUAGAUCUUGAUGCUACCACUGAGCCAGGGUCGCCUUAUUCAGCUUUUGCUGCUGACGAUUUCAUGCAAGACGACUCAGAAAACAGAUGGAUGCCAACAGCUCUUCGGCGAACAGUGACUGAACCCUCGGCUUCAGCUGCAUAUAUCCCUCGAGUGAUCUGGGAAGGCGAAUGGGUCGGUCAAACAACCUCUGCGAGCAUCGACGAGGUUCCUGCCACAAUUGAGGAGUUGCGAGCUGUUAUGCAACGCAGUCCCAUGUCCGACAGGACACCGAUCAACAUAGAAGGUCAAACGAUGCCUGAGCUUGUGGCUGGUCUCAAGGAUCUACUUCGUCGAUGCGUCCAGAGGAGCGACUUCACUGAUGUCAUCAACAAACCAGUGCAAUUCCGAAUGGUACAGCCUAGUGGUGACACCCUAAGCCUCGGCGAGGGAGUUGAUCGCAAGGUUUGGCAUACAGCCUAA